AUGUUGUAUCUGACGUCUGACAAUUUCCCGGUCUUCGUGCCGUUCGGGGUUAUUGGUUUCUACCGAUAUCUCUGGUAUUGCAUUCGUCUAACAGCUGCAUUGGCCUACCGACCUGUACCCCUACCUGAAAAUCCCACCUACGUCGCCUCGGAAGAUGUCACGAUCAUUGUCCCGACCAUCGACGCUGGAGAGGAGUUCAAGGAGGCGGCGAACAGCUGGCUAGUGGGCAAGCCCAAGGAGAUCAUCAUCGUCACGGAGGAGAAGAUGCAGGGCCCGCUGCAAGAGCUCGCGAACUCGGUCGACCCGGAGCGCAUCCGCGUCCUCACCGUGCCCUUCGCCAACAAGCGACUGCAGAUGUCGCACGGCAUCAAGCAUACCACCACGGACAUCAUCGUGUUCGCGGACGACGACGCGAUCUGGCCGCCCACCAUGCUGCCUUACAUGCUCGCCUGCUUCGAGGACCAGAAGGUCGGCGGCGUGGGCACGUCGCAGCGUGUGCAACCCGUGGGCGAGAAGAUGACUGUCUGGGAGGUCCUGGCUGCGUUCCGCCUGAGCAUCCGGAACAUUGAGAUCGCAUCUUCGACGCACAUCGACGGCGGCAUCCCCUGUCUCUCUGGGCGCACAGCCGCGUACCGCACGAUCAUCCUCAAGGACCCCGAGUUCCUCCACGGCUUCACGCACGACUACUGGCUGGGCAAAUACCACCUCAACUCGGGCGACGACAAGUUCUUGACACGGUGGAUGGUCAGCCACGGCUGGAGCACGUACGUGCAGUGCUGCAAGGAGGCGGAGCUGUUGAGUACCAUGAAGCCCAAUUGGCGGUUCUUGAAGCAGGUCCUUAGGUGGACAAGGAACACAUGGCGAUCGGAUCUGCGAUCUCUGUUCAUGGAAAGGUAUAUCUGGACGGCCCAUCCCUAUGUCGCCUACACCAUGGUAGACAAGCUCUUCAACCCCUUCACCCUCCUCGUAGGCCCCGUCCUGGUAGCAUACCUGAUGUACAAGAGUACUAUCCCCGUCGAGCAGGGCGGUUAUCAUCUGCCGUGGUGGAACAUCGCGAUUAGCUACAUGGUCUGGUUAUCAGCAACCCGAACGGCGAAGCUGCUUCCCCAUUUGUGGUACCGUCCUCAAGAUAUAAUCUAUGUUCCCGCGUUUAUCCUUUUUGGAUACUACUUCGCCAUCAUGAAGGUCUACGCUUUGUUGACAUUACACGAGACUGGAUGGGGUACUCGUGCUGGUGUUGGCGACCCGUCAGCGGCGACGGCGGCGGUCGAUGCGAAUGAGAAAGCCCAAGUGACCGUGGUGCCCGUGAAGCCCUACUCCGACGUGCCGACACCAACCGCCGAGCAGCAGCGUUAUCCGGAACCACCAAUAGAGAUGCGUGUCGGUUACGCCAACUGAAAUUCUCUGCUCUCUAGACGGCUGCUCUGCUUCCUCGGUGUUCAUUCAUGCUCCUUGUAUAUAUCACGAUUUACACUUCGGCUCACCUCGACCCUCGCAUACUGCCCUGUCCAUACGGUCUCAAUGUUCACGAGCGCACCCCAUCACUGUCAAGAUCACGAUCUACGCUGCAUAUUCUUUCUAGCUUAUACCUACCAUACCCCAAACCUCCGCGACAUCAAACAAAUGUAUUACAAAGGAACUCUUUCACCUUUCCCAUACUUUGGAGUCUUGUUUGCCCCUUGGCCGAGUCGUAGCAGGAUUGGGUUUCUCCGAUCUCGUUCCUGCUCACCCCCAUUAAUUCAACUAAUGUUACUUCGACCUCGGACCUUUCAUCAUACGUUAGCAGCGAUUGCUGGGCAUUUACCUUAGUCGUAGCACUUUUUGGCAUCUCUUGUGUUCAUGCGAAAGGGUUCUAUAGAGCCCUGGACCGUAUACUACAAGUACUCCACUCUAGUAUGGUUUCGCGACCAUGUAAUGCAGUUCUUUCAGCGCAAAUAUGGGUAGCUAUUGCGUAUACUUGUAUCAAUCACAGCAGAAU